UCGCAGUGAUUGCACUUAACGAUAUGAUUAACAAUGCGAUCAAGCGAUUUUAUUUGACAUAUGCAUCAUAUUUGGGUGACAAAUCGAGUGAGCAACUAACACAAGAUUUUAUCAAACCUGACAAUGCUAUUUCUAGUCUUGAGAACUGUGUUCGGAUCGUUCAGGAAACAUUUGGGUCCACCAACAAUGUGAAGGGAAUCUAUCUUCUGGUUGAUGAAUACGAUGCUUUCAGCAAUGAAUACUUGGAUCUGAAUGAUUUUAGUGCCUGGAAUGAAUUCCAAUCAUUGUUAAAAGGUUUCUGGGCACGGGUGAAAGCAUGCAUGACAACAAAUGAGAUCAGUAGGUGUUUCAUCACUGGUGUUUCUCCGCUUUCAAUGGCCGAUUUUACCAGUGGUUUCAAUAUCAUCACCAAUGUCACAUACAAGAAAAGUCUCUCUGGAUUGUGUGGCUUUACUAAUGAAGAUGUGCUCGAGGCCCUGUGGUUACCAAUGAUGUGUGGAUCAGAGGAAACCGAGGUUCAAAGACAUUUCGAAAUCAUGAAAAAGCGGUUUGGCAACUACCGUUUCUCUCAAUAUGGCGAUGUUCCAUCUGUUUUCAAUACCAAUGCAUGUCUCGAGUAUCUUCAAUGUAUACAUGAAAGAGAAAUUCCACCAGAUCAUCCUUCCAAUUCAGAAGUAUCUGAACGACUGCUUUGUGUGUUUGCCUCCUCUUGUGUUGCCACAAGUAUUUUUGAGCAGAUCUCUGCUGAUUCUUGGUGUGCUCAGAUUCCAUAUGAACAAUUUCGAGACAUGUUUAGUCUUUCGAACCUGAAUAAAGAUAUCACCGGAAGUAGAUCAGCGUGGUUGAGCUUUGUGCUUCAUGUCGGAGGUCUCACUUUUGCUAAAAAAACACCUGAAAAGCUGCUGCAGAUCCCUAAUCUCAUGGUUGCUCAACAUUUUGUUGAAGCUGUUCUCAACCAUUACAAGCUCAAUGUUGAUGAUAUUGUGAAAGCUCUGCAGCAGGUUGUAUCAACUGGUGAUAUCUCGGUUCUCUUGGGUUACUACAGACGUUUGGUGAGUGAGCGUGAUGUUGGUGAUGACGACCUUCACUAG